AUGAAGUUUUCCAGCACGCUCUCCGCCACUCUUCUUCUACUCUCCUUGGUUUUCAAUGUUACCGGUCUCCCCAAUAUUCCCAGCCAGCUUCGUCCCUUACCAAUUGCGCGCACAACAUCUAUACUGAAUAAUCCUGCACCCCAACCAGAUCUACCAACUGCCCUAGAAGCUCUAUCGGCAGCAACCACUGUUGGUUUAAACUUGACUGACAUCCAGGCAGAUAUCUUAGUGGGGAUGAAGAAGAAGAAAGAGCUGUUCUUCUUUUUUGGUAUUCAGGACGCGGCUCGCUUCAAAAGCAAACUGGCUUCGGAUAUCCAGCCCUUCAUCACGUCUGUGACCGAUAUAUUGGAUGUCGCCACCCAGCCUCUAACAGCUGUUAAUCUCGCUUUUUCUCACUCAGGACUCAGCGCUCUGGGUAUCACUGAUGAUCUAGGACAGGAAGCUGAUUCUGCCGCCAUCGGUGACCCUGGAACCAGCAACUGGGUACAAUCAUUUGCGGGAAAAUCUAUUCAUGGCGUCAUGCUCCUUGCAUCGGACACUGUUGAAAAUAUCGAUGUGACUCUGUCCCAAAUUUUGUCGAUUUUGAGCGACUCCAUUGGCGAGCUGCAUCGCGUUCAAGGGUCAGCCCGACCCGGUUCAGAGGAAGGUCACGAACACUUUGGGUUCAUGGAUGGUAUCAGCCAGCCUGCUAUCAAAGGCUUUACGCAAUCGCCUUUACCGGGUCAGAUAGCCGUCAAUCCAGGAGAAAUUCUACUGGCUGAGGCAGGGGAUGUUAUUCCUCGUCCGGGCUGGGCUAAAGGUGGAUCGUUCCUCGUUUUCCGUCAGAUGGAACAGCUUGUGCCAGAGUUCAACAAGUUCUUGUUGGACAAUCCGAUUUCUGAGCCUGGUGUGCUCACUCCCGAAGAGGGAUCCGCCUUGUUGGGAGCUCGCAUGCUUGGACGAUGGAAAAGUGGAGCUCCCGUUGAUCUCGCACCGUUGUUCGACAACCCCACGCUGGCGAAGGACCCUACAAUGAACAACAACUUCAACUACCAUCAUGAUGGUGAAAGGCUUGGCGACCAGUCUCGGUGUCCCUUUGCCGCCCAUACCAGGAAGGUUCGCCCUCGAGCCGAUUUUACGCCGGAGGACGGGUUGCAACAUAUCAUUCGCGCUGGUAUUCCGUACGGACCUGAAGUGACGCCUGAAGAAUCACAGUCCAAUACGACGAGCCCUUCCCUAGAACGUGGUCUGGCUUUUGUCGCGUACCAAUCAAACAUAGGACUGGGUUUCCGCUUUUUGCAGCAGGCCUGGAUCAAUAAUGCAAAUUUCUUCCAGCUCGGUACCGGUGUGGAUGCUAUUAUCGGAUCUGCAGGAAGUGAUUCCUCUUCGAGGGGUCGUUCAAUUACUGGUCUGGAUCCAACAGACCCUAACCGUGUUAUCACAUUGCAGAAUGAUUUCGUCGUAUCGCGGGGCGGCGAGUAUUUCUUCUCGCCUUCAAUAUCUGCUAUAUUGAAUACCAUUGCCGCCUAAAAUACCAGUAGGAUGAUAU